UACGGAUUCGGCGCGGCAGCGAAACAGGCACGGACUUGCACGCGCCAGUAGCCUAGUACUCGUCGAGCUUCAUAUCGUAUUCGCGCGCGAUAAUUUCGCGCGUGUGUUGCUGCUCCAGUAUACAUAGAUAUAUACGCCGAAUAGAGCAAUAAUAACGCUGUGUAACGUCGCUGUGUCGCGCGCUAUACCGUCCGAUGUCUCGUUAUGUAGAUCUUGCUGGAAAAUCGUAAACAAUCGCGUGGCCGACGAAGAGUCCGCUGCUUCGAAGCGACGUUUCGUUGUAUACAUCGAUUGUACGGUGAUUUUCCUGUGCUUUUUUUUCACGCGUCGAGUCAAGAGGAGGCGAGGGCAAGUUUGCAGAUUUUUCGAAUUAACCGACGUACGAGGAUUCAAUUAUGAACGUGCAUUGCUACUUGCUGGUUGCUUUGGCAACUUUGUCGUCGGUUCAGUCGCAGUCCGUGCUGAAUUGGUUCUGGGGCAGCGGUGAAUCCCAGGCGGUCGUAUCCGAUGGAGUGCCACUGAUCUCCAUACCCUACGAAUCGCUCACCGAGGAUGAAAAAUUCCUCAAAGAGGCCUCCAAGUUUGUCACCGACAUCCAGGUAUCAUCCCCGUUGGAAGUAUGUCAGCACAAAGUCAUAAUGAAGAUCAAGACUUCCUGUAGUAGCAUGUCCGAGGAACAGCUGGCUAAAUUAAGUGUUAAUCUUCUAAAUUGUCAAUCCGAGAACGAAGGAAGAAGAACCUUUCCUUGCACAGAUGGAAUGACUAUCAAAGAAUGUACUUCUAAUAUGGAUGCUGAUACAUGGAAUGCCUAUCAUUUAAUGAGUAACAGAGCAAGAGCAGUAUGUUACGCAUCAAGAAGUAACCAGUUUCGAGCACUAACAGAAAUAACAGUCAAUAGAUUAAUGCAGUCAGCUCAUAAUCAAAUCAAGACUUUGGAUUCUCUAAAGGAAAGUCAAGAUCGUCUUGAAGAACAGACAACUAAUGCCCACAAAAUCAUAGAGACUAACAUUGAAGAUUUAACUAAAGAAAAAGCCUUGAUACGAAUUGGUCAUGAUCAACUAGCUGCCAUGACUGAAGACAUUAAGAAUAGAUUGGAAAAAGCGAGUCAAGAGUUGGAAAACCAAGCAGCUGAACGAAGUCUAAACCACGAAGAACUUAUAUCAGAUCUAGAAAAUAUUCAGAUGCAAGCUAGAGAACUUUGGAACAAAAUUGAAAACAGCACUGAUAGAAUUAUUGCCCAAAAUAAUGCAGCAGCUGCUCAAUAUGAGCAAACAAUGCUUAAACUUGAAAGAAUGAAUGAAACCAUUGUAUUUCUGUCUGAUUUGACGGAUAAAAUGCGUGUUGAAGUAGAUGAAAAGUUGGGUUGGAUUAAACAAUACAUUGGUUCAACUGGAGAACAUUUGGAAAAAAUUUACCGUAUUACUCUGCAUGUGAUUUACUUACUUGGUGCUAUGGUGGUAGCAGCUUUCCUUCAUGCUCCAUUCUUAACUCGAACUGCAAUCAUGGGAAUAAUCCCCUUAAAUUUAGCAUCGUAUUUGAAACAUGGGUUGACCGCCUGCCUCGACUUUUACAGUCUGACUGUUUUAAUAAUUUUGAUAACAACAAUGCAUUAUAUUAUGAAUGCAAUUCAAUACUUGCUACGUUCUAAAUCUUCAUCUGAAUUAACAAAAGAAGAUAUCAAAAAAAUUUAUAAGACACUUCACCCCGAUGAAAUGAAUUCCAAUCAAAAAAUGAGUACAAAAGAUUUUCCAGAUGGAAAUGAAAAAGAGAAUAUCUUCAAAAGAGUGGGACACAACAUCCAUAGUUUAAUUUAUUCUAUACACAGACAGAUAAAUUAUAACAUUGUAAACAUGAAAAUUAAAUUCAAAUCAUUGAGGCGCUGGAUUUGGGUGAAAUUUACGCCAACCGAAGAAUUAUCUUGUUCGUACUUGCCGGCGAAAACUUAUCAAGAAUGCAUCAUUAGAAGUACAAAUGCAAAUAUUUCCAUCUCCGACGAUGGGAGUGAUUUUGAGGAGUAUCAUGGAACCGACAGGUUUGUUGAUGAUGACUACAGUGUGAGUGGUGCUGUUUUAAAACAUAGAGACUUGGAUAAAUUCACAUCGCCUCUAACAACUUAUACCUCUAAUAUUCGCAACCCUGACGUAGUCACGAGUCGCACGACGAAUCGAGCGAAACCUAAGAUAAUCUCUGACAGCAUUUUAACACCAGCCACUAGACCACUGUGUGGAGCAAGAACGAGGAGUGGAAAUCCCUGCAGAUUGUUAUCAUCGAAAGGACAAAAUUUUUGUCACAGGCAUGCGACAGGAGGUUCUGUGAUAGGUGAUUAGUUAAAUCUCAAUUGUUUUUUUUCUUACUUUUCUUUACAAGUUGAUACAUGUAAUUAUGAUCAUUGUUAUUGUGUGAAACAAUUUAUCUUUAAGUAGUAUCAUUAAUAAUUGUAAUCAAUUUUGACGCAAUUGUUUUGCGUGUUGUCCACUGCAUGUGCGCAUAUUUACAAAUACGCAUAAUAAUUAUUUUUGUAUAUACACUUUUUAAUCGUAUCGGUGCAAGGAUAACGAAGGUAGCCUCUCGAAUCCUCAAUCUAUUCAUAUAAUGUUCCUCUUUUUUUGUUCAUCAUUGUUAUUUAUGUGAUCAGCUUUUGACUUGAGCGAAACACGAUCGUUUUAAUUAUACAGUUGUACUACUUAUUGUCGUGCAAACAAAUAUUUUCAAAAUAAGCCGCCACAUCGUAUAAAUAAUCUUUUUUAAAACAGUUAUAUUGUAAUAUUAGUUUAUAUUAUAAUGAAUUCAUAAUAAAUGAAAUUAAAAACGCUUUAAAAAAAAUUAGUCGUUGUAUAAACUCUGAAAAUGUCUAUACUGAUAACUAGAUAAGGGAAUGUAAUCCAAUUAGAGUUUUUUAAUUAAAAGAAUGACCAAUUCCGUGGUGUGUAUCACGAAUGCGAGGCUUCAUUUUUUAGUCGAUAAUUUUUCACCGUAUAUACCAAUUUCAGCCACGGCAACGUGCGUGUAGUUAUAAAAAAAAUUAAUGAGAUAAGUUUCUUGGGAAUGAAUCAUGUAUCGUUGCGGCCACACGUGCAUUAAUUACUUUAUCAUUGUCGACGUUAUUUCACCUCCGUUCAAUUUGUGUGCGUUUUUGUUUUUCCUUCAUCGUCGAGAUGAAAUUUUUCAACGUGACCAUCAUGUUAUAUUCAUAGGUGUGAUAAUUGUAUAUUAAGGUAUAUGAAAUUAGAUAGGAAUAUAUUUAAAUAUUUUUUAUAGUAUCUCAUUGUAAAUGAAAGUAAAACUUUGUUUUGUAACUUAUGAAAAACGAACGAAUAAACGAUAUAUUUACGAAA